AUGUUUUCGUCACUUCAUCGCCGAUGCUUCAGCGUGCUAAGAUCAACACAUCCUCGUAUCCGGAAGACUGUCCCCGUAACGUGCGGCUCUGGAGGUUCUGUAGAUAUCGACUUGUACAACAUUGAUGAGUUUUCACCGUCCAAGUUCCUCGUUGUUCAUUUGCCCCCGCUGCCUGAGAGUGCCAAUGGGGUGAAGCAAUUACCAGAGUUUCUGCACGACUGGCCCGUCGCCAGUAUCAAUUACCGAUGGACGACUGAGCGCCUUAAUGCCGCCAGCCAGGAGGACGAGGAGUUCCUCAACAUCAACACUGCCGACUGGCCUGUGCCGAUGCAUGAUGUGGCAUUUGCCUACCAAUGGAUUGCAGAAGCCUUGAUGCCGCCAGACAAUGGCCGAGGCAGCAUCUACGUCUACGGUUCUCAUCUCGGCGCCAGCCUGGCCAUGUCCCUCUCCCUGACGGAAUCACACCCACAUAAACCGUUCUCUGUCCGUGGCGUCGCAACUUACAACGGCAUCUACAAUUGGACCAUGUUCCUCCCAGGCCACAAGGUCCUCGGCGCAAAGUCCGUCAGAGACGCAAUGAGGGCGAUGCGGCGUGCAAACGGGAAUGCUCGACUCGACUCCCUGCAUGGGAGACUGGUGUCCUUGUUUCAAGAGCCGGCGAAUCUGUUUGACCCCUUUGCGAGCCCGAGUCUCUUCUUUCAUAACCCGGGACUGUCUAUACCCGAGUCGUUUUAUGCUUCUGCUGAGUUUGCAGGCGUUGUGAGUGCUAUGAAGGGGGAGAAGAGCUCCCUCGGGAUGGAGACGGCUGGCACGCCUCGUAGAUCGUAUCUUGUGUUUCCACCGCGGCAGUCGACUCUCAAGAUUCCUGAGACAAUGCUCUUACAUGACGCACCGUCUCAGUCACAUUUACAUCAACAUCCACAGGAGAAAAAGACGAAGACCGAAAAAUCAAGUUUAAAAAUUCGCGAUACAAGACACACAUUCAUGGCUCAGGCAGACGAAAUGGCGAGUUUAAUGCGGCGCAGCAUCGCUCGGGUCGAGCUUAAGGAGCGGGCUAGAUGGGAUGAAGAUGUGCAAUAUUUGGCUGAGGAGCCGGAGCGCAGAAUUAAUGUUGUGGAAGCGGCAGCCGUCACCAUCCCUUUGGUACUAGCCCGAGGUACGUACUGCACUAGCCACCAGUCAGCAAGCUACAGCACCAGGUACCUACGGCACAGCACAGCACAGAGCACUUACGCUACUCCAUAUAUCAAUCAACCCACCGCUACCGCUCCGUCACUCUCCAUCCGUGACGCAAUCAUCCGUACCAACACCCUCGAUCAUCACAACAACACCGAAGCUGUCCUGCUCGACACUUUUGAUUUUACAGCUACAGACGAGGCGCUGGGAAAGCUCGUCCCGGCUCGCAUUUUGAUGGCCAUUCGGCCACGAGGCGCCAUGCGUCUGGCGGUGCUGCAAUCGGGCCUUGCCGCCUUGCUCUUCGGCUUGAGCGCCCACGCCGAAUCCUACACGCCAAAGCACGAACUGGGCCGGUGUGCCUUUCGCGGUCAGUGUGGCAAGCAGAGCCUUUUUGGCAAGGAGCUGCCGUGUGUCGACAAUGGCCUUGCGCACGAUCCGGACGAGGAUCUUCGAAAGGAGCUGGUUGAGCUCUGCGGCGCCGAAUGGGGCGAGGGGCCGGUUUGCUGUAACAUGGAGCAGGUCCAAGCUUUGAAAAGCGAAAUGGGCACUCCAAAGACGCUCAUCGGUUCUUGCCCGGCCUGCAAGACCAACUUCUUCAACCUGUUUUGCAAGUUUACCUGCUCUCCCGAUCAAUCGACCUUUAUCAACGUUACCGACGCCGCAAAAAAGAGUGGGAAGCUGCUCGUUACUGAGCUUGACCAGCUGGUCUCUGAAGAAUAUGGUUCCGGACUCUAUGACAGCUGCAAGGAGGUCAAGUUUGGAGGUGCAAACAGUAGGGCCAUGGACUUGAUUGGUGGAGGAGCCAAGAAUUACCACGACAUGCUCAAGUUCCUGGGAGACAAGAAGCCCUUUGUUGGUUCCCCCUUCCAGAUCAACUUUCCGGAAAAGUACGACGAACCCGGCAUGGAACCGAAGGAGAUGAAGCCCAAGAAAUGCAACGACGAGGAUCCAGCUUACCGAUGUGUAUGUGUCGACUGCCCCGAGGUAUGCCCUACGUUGCCGGAUGUCAAGGAGGCUGGAUCUUGCAAAGUGGGAAAGCUGCCCUGUCUUUCUUUCGCCUCCAUCUUUACGUAUGGCGUCUUGCUUCUAGCUCUUUUCACAGCCGUCUUUGGUCACAUCUUCUGGUUCAGAUACCUCAAGCGCCGCGUUGAAAGGACUCGUCUACUGCACGAAUCCUCCCACAGCGAUGAUGAGGAUGAGGGCGGGCCUAUCCUUACUGAUGCUAUGCGAGAUCAGCCCACGAAGCGGUAUUGGCUUAAUGACAAGUGCGACAAGGCAUUUCGUAACUUGGGAGACACUGCCGCGCGGUUUCCUGGCCUCACCAUAGGCAUCAGCUUGCUCGUCGUUGGCAUUCUGAGUGCUGGCUGGUUCCGGUUCGAUAUUGAGCAAGACCCUGCUCGUCUCUGGGUCAGCCCAUCUUCGGCUGCUGCGCAAGAAAAGGAAUAUUUUGACUCCAACUUUGGGCCCUUUUUCCGAGCCGAAAAGAUUUUCCUGGUCAACGACACUGAAUCUUCUGGCCCUAGCCCCGUACUCAGCUACGAGACGUUACAGUGGUGGACAGAAGUUGAAAAGAGCGUUGAGAAACUCCAGGGUUCUACCUAUGGAAGCUCACUCAGCGAUGUUUGUUUCAAGCCUACUGGUGACGCUUGUGUCAUUCAGUCUGUUACGCAAUAUUGGUACUCAAAGGGAGGAGAUAUCGACCGCAACUACUGGAAGGAGGACCUGCGCAGCUGCGCAAGGUCUCCCGUAGACUGUCGACCUGCAUUUGGACAACCCAUUGAACCAACCAUGAUCCUGGGCGGCUACGACGACGAUGUCGCUGAAUCUCAAGCCAUGACUGUCACAUGGGUCGUCAACAAUGCCCCCGAGAAUUCUAACACGCUGGCUCGUGCCAUUGAUUGGGAGAAUGCACUCCGUGAUCGACUUCUGCAAGCUCAAGAAGAGGCCAAGAGCCGCGGUCUUCGAUUGUCCUUUACCACGGAGAUUAGUCUUGAACAGGAACUCAACAAGUCUACCAACACGGAUGCCAAAAUUGUCGUCAUCAGCUACAUUGUCAUGUUCAUCUAUGCCUGUCUGGCAUUGGGUACGCCUCUGAAGCACCUCUUUGGAAACCCAGCACUGCUGCUUGUCGAAUCAAAGGUCACCCUGGGUCUCGCCGGUAUCAUCAUUGUUCUCAUGUCUAUCUCUGCGUCCAUUGGUUUCUUCUCCUGGGUUGGUUUGAAAGCUACGCUCAUCAUUGUCGAAGUCAUUCCGUUCAUCGUAUUGGCUGUCGGUGUUGACAACAUCUUCCUUAUUGUCCACGAACUUGAAAGAGUCAAUAUUAAUUUCCCAGACCAGAUGGUCGAGGAGAGAGUGGCUCGAGCUUUGGGCCGCAUGGGACCUUCCAUCUUGUUUUCAGCCUUGACUGAGACGUUUGCGUUUGCUCUUGGCUCUGCUGUUGGCAUGCCUGCUGUCCGAAACUUUGCCGCUUAUGCUGCUGGUGCGGUUCUCAUCAAUGCGGUUCUUCAGAUGACCAUGUUUGUGUCCUUCUUGGCAUUGAACCAAAUGCGAGUUGAAGAUCAUCGUUGCGAAUUCUGGCCGUGGUGGCAGAUUAAGAAGGCUAGAAUCACUCUUAAUGGCAGCAAUGGCUAUCCGCCAGCAACUGGAAGAGUGGCUGAUGCCGACGAGGAAAGCUAUUUGCAAAUAUUCAUCAGAAACACUUAUGCACCCACCCUCUUGCGAAGGCAGACCAAGGUCGCUGUCGUGGCCAUCUUCCUCGGUCUUUUGUCAGCUGCUAUCGCCUUGCUACCAGGCAUCCAGCUUGGACUGGAUCAGCGUGUUGCCAUUCCAGAUGGCUCCUACUUGAUCCCCUACUUCAACGACCUCUACGACUACCUGGAGACUGGCCCGCCAGUUUACUUUGUUACCCGCGGGGUUGAUGCGUCUCAGCGCCCACAACAGCAGGCAAUCUGCUCAAGGUUCACCACCUGCGAGCCAUUCUCCCUCACAAACACUUUGGAACUUGAGAGGCAACGAUCUGACAUUUCAUACAUCAUGUCUCCAACGGCAAGCUGGGUCGAUGAUUUCUUCCUCUGGCUGAAUCCCAUCUACGAGCAGUGCUGCAUUGAACGUGGCUCAACCUGCUUUGCAGACCGCCAACCUGCAUGGAACACCUCUCUUUACGGCAUGCCCGAGAAUGACGAGUUUAUUCAUUAUCUCAAAAAGUUCCUUGCAGCAAAGACUGAUGACGUUUGCCCACUGGGUGGCCAAGCCUCCUACGGAGAUGCAGUGGUUCUAGACGAGGAAUCUGCGCACGUCAAGGCCACUCAUUUCAGAACCGCGCAUACACGCCUUCGCAGCCAGGAAGACUUUAUCAAAGCCUACUCUUCCGCACGGCGCAUCGCCUCUGACAUCACGAAGGCUACUGGAGCGGAUGUUUUCCCUUACAGCGUUUUCUACAUCUUUUUCGACCAAUAUCUUAGCAUCAUCCAGCUGACCGCCGGUCUUUUGGGUGCUGCUGUCGGUGCCAUUUUUGUCAUUGCGUCGUUCCUCUUAGGCUCUGUUCUCACAUCCGCCAUUGUGACGUUGACGGUUAUAAUGAGUGUCGUUGACAUUAUGGGUGCAAUGGUGCUGUUUAACGUCUCCUUGAACGCUGUUUCUCUCGUGAAUCUCAUUAUUUGCGUCGGCAUCUCGGUUGAGUUCUGUGCACACAUUGCCCGAGCCUUCAUGUUCCCCUCGCGAACCGUCAUGGAGAACAGCUUCAAUGUGAAUGGACGAGAUGCUCGUGCUUGGACAGCGCUGGUCAACGUUGGCGGAUCGGUGUUUUCUGGAAUUACUGUUACGAAGCUGUUGGGCGUCAGCGUUCUUGCGUUUACGCGAUCCAAGAUUUUCGAAAUCUACUACUUCCGAGUGUGGCUGGCCCUGGUCGUCUUUGCUGCCCUUCACGCACUGGUGUUUUUGCCGGUCGCGCUGAGUCUUGGUGGAGGUGAAGGCUAUGUCGAUCCUGAGAGCGAGGGCACGGCCGCUCAAGAUUUGACUGAUAGACGAUGGCGAGCGAUUACUAUUCACGAUAAUAGCGACUCUGAAGAUGAUUACUAG